UAUCAAAAUUAAAUUUUCUAAUCAGGAGUUAGUUGAGUUUGUAAUUGGAUAUAUUCGCAAAAUUUCUGUUAAAAUGGAGGCACUGAAAAAAAAUAGUAAUUUAAAAAAAAACUCCAAGUGAAUCAAUAACUUUAUCAUCAGGGUUGCAAAAGGGUGGUAACUGUAGAGUUUAAGCAUACUUCAAUUGAAUUAAUGUUUUUCAUAGUAAAUAAUGACGAUUUGGAGUAUGAUGCUAUUAUUGGUAAAAAUGUUGUGCAAUUUGACGACAUAGAAAUUAUAACCGACGCCACUGGAACUCGAUUCGCGCGAAAAACCUUCGAAACUCCCAGUGUUUAUGUUUUGUCUAACACUCCACAGUUAAGUAAUUUGAUAACAGGGCCUCUGAAAGAAGCCGACGCGACCGUUUAAAACUUUACGAACUGUGUAAAAAAAUAUGAAGAUAUGAUUACGACAGGAAACGUUGUUCAUUGUAUAAAAACAGUUGAAUUAUCAAUUGAUUUAGAAAAUUAGUCAGCCGUGGUAAAUUAUCAUCCAUAUUAGAGAUGUUCCGAUGCUCUAGGAGUAUCGAUGUUUGGUAUCGAUGCGGAUCGUGAGCGGAAGUGUCGAGACGUCGAUGUGUCGAAUGCCAAAGCACCGGCCAAAGUAUCGAUGCUUCAAGGUGUCGUGUCGAACAUCUCUAAUUCAUAUUAGGUUUGUUUUCACAUCAGUUUGAAACUUGUUUCUGAUGUUUAGAUUCUGCGCAAUACCUUUUUUUGCGUUCACAUAUCACUUUCUAGCUGUUAUCAAACUAAGAAUCGGUUGUUCACACAUCAAUUCGUGACAGUUUGCUAGCAGCAAGAAGAGUUUGCGGAUUAUCUCCAAGUAAAGAGUUGGAGCAUGCGCAAUUCGCUAUAUUUUGACAAUCACUGUACCUAUAAUCGCGUAGUCAAGCUUGUUUUGAAAUCUUUCUUUGUGUUUGAGGUUAAAACAAAAAACAAUUCAAAGAAACAAUUAUUGUGAUUUGUGGUAGGUAAUUUAAUUGAAAAAUGUCUGGUUUUUCUUCAUCCGAUGCAUCUGAAUUCUCCCAAAUGUCUGAAACAGAUUCAGAUCUGGAAAUUAUGUUAGAAGAAAGAAUUCGGCCUAAAAAUCAAACUUUCUUUGAACAGAUUGUACCACAGUUUAAUGAUAAAGAACACAUAGAACACUUCCGUGUAAGUAAAGAUGUUGCUGCCGACAUCGCUGUUCGCUUUGAAAAUAGUGAAUAUUAUAAGUGGCAAUUGGGACCACAUGAAAAACUUACCUCAUUGAAGCAGACACACAUUUUUCUAUGGUUUGCGGGGCAUCAAAGUGCCAGCUUCCGUGAUGUGGCAGAUAGAUUUAAUAUAUGCAUAAGUUCCCUACAUAAAGUAGUAAAACGAAUGACAUAUUUUCUAAGCAAUUUAGCGCCUGAAAUAAUAAUAUGGCCUAACAAUGAAAGGCAAGCUGAUAUUGAAAGAUAUUUUCGCCAAAAAAAUGGGUAUCCAGGAAUUAUAGGAGCUAUAGAUGGAACCCACAUCAGAAUAGACAAGCCUCUGGAGGAUCCAGACUCUUAUAUAAAUAGGAAAGGGUAUUACUCAAUACAGGCACAACUUGUCUGUGACCAUCAAUUAAAAAUAACAAAUUUAUUUGUUGGAUAUCCAGGUUCGGUACACGAUGCACGUGUUUUCAGAACAUCAGACCUAUUUAAUUCACUCCAAGAGAAGUGUAAUGAAUUCCAUAUUUUAGGAGACAGUGCCUAUCCUUUAAUGUACAAUCUUAUGACUCCUUUUCCAGACAGGGGAAUGUUAACUAGAAACCAAAUUAACUAUAAUGUCCAACACUCGUCCAAUAGGAUUUGUAUCGAACACUGCAAUGGCUUAUUAAAACAAAAAUGGCGCCAAUUAUAUCAUAUUAAGUUAAGAGAUAUACGUACAAUAGUUCAUUUUAUUAGGGCAUGUUGUGUACUUCAUAACUUAGGACUGAAUGAUAAUUUUCUGUACAUAGAAGGUGAUAAUAAUUUAGAAGCAAAUGAAAAUAAUGUAAAUUUAUUUGAUAUCCAAGAUGCUGCAGAACACGCAAAUCAGGAUGCUGUACAAAAAAGAAACAUGAUUGUAAAUACUUUAGAAUAAUUCAAGUGAUAGGCCUAGUACAGGGUCUUUCUAUAUUAUUAAACCACCCAGGAGUAUUUUAGGAGAUAUAAGAAAAUGCGGGUAAAUUUAAAUUUUCGCUUAGCCAAA